AUGGCCGCCAUCAAAAUGGUUUUUCCGAAGGAUCGUCGUUUGUGGGUGUACCCUUUACUUAUUAUGUAUUAUGUCCUACUUUGGACUGAGUCACAGAGCUUAAAUGAGGCAACGCACGUGGGGACCUUGGCAGGAACAUGUCCAUCUGGGCAUGCAAGAAGUUUGUCCGAGUUAUCAUCUUCUUCAAAAAAUUCCAUAUUCGGGGGGAAUCGGCGCAAGAAUAAGAAUCACCGCUCUUCCAGGAAUGGCCACAGUAGCAAUAACCAGAAAAGUAGCUCACACGGGGAGACGUACACGAGGGGUGACGGGUCCGUUGACAGUCUGUUUGGCAGGUCCGAUGAAAGUUUGUUUGACAGGUCCGAUGAAAGUUUGUUAGACAGAUCCGAUGGCAGUCUCCUUGACUUAUCCGAUGACAGUCUGCUUGACAGGUCCGAUGCGAGUCUGCUUGAUAAAUCCGAUGAGAAUCUGCUUGACAGGUCCACUGAUAGUCUGUUUGACGGGUCCAAUGAUAGUCUGUUUGACGGGUCCGAUGAUAGUCUGUUUGACGGAUCCGAUGAAAAUCUCCUUGACAGAUCCGAUGGGAAAAAAGAUAGGAAGCCCUACCCUAAGCGACGUUAUAGAGGCCCCCCUCAGAAACGUUCUGGAGUUGCCCCUCAGCAAAGUUCUGUAGUGGCCCCACAGCAAAUUUCUGGAGUCGCUCCACAGCAAAGUUCUGGAGUCGCCCCACAGCAAAGUUCUGUAGUAGCCCCCCAGCAAAGUUCUGGAACCUACCCCCCGCAACCUUAUGGAACCUACCCUCCACAACCAUAUGGAACCUACCCCUCACAACCUUAUGGAACCUACCCUCCACAACCUUAUGCGGGCUACCCCAUGCAAUAUUAUAGAGUCUACCCCCUGCAAUAUUAUAGAGUCUACCACCUGCCAUGUUAUGGAACCUACCCCCUGUCAUGUUAUGGAUCCUACCCCCUGUCAUGUUAUGGAAGCUGCCUUUAG